UGCUUGCCUCGGCACCAAAACCCUUCCGCUCCUCCGUUGCGUCCCCAACGCCGCCAGCAGCAUCUCCAUUCCUCCCGCCGCCGAUCUCCCUCUCAUCCGCCUCCACUUCCAGCCCGCGCGGUGUAUACCGGCAUCCCCUGCCCACGCCUCCUCCGCCCCACCCCUCGAUCUAUGCGGCGGCGGUCAACCCAGAGUCCAUUGCCCCGCCCGCCGACGCCCCCGCCCUCUCGCUGACAGGCGCACACGGCGAAGUCUUCACCGCCAGCGAUGCAGAGGCUACUAUCGAGGGCUGCCCGCCGGUGCACCAAUUCCUCCUCCGCGGCACACAAAUUCCCUCACGCGCAGGCGAAUGCGGCAAGUGGAGUUCACUCCGAAGAGGCCUCAACUUGUUCUAAUGAAUAUGGUACAUGGAGGACUAGUUUGGCUAGAUCCAUGCAAACAAAUAUUGUCAACGCUCUCCGUAGAGGUGAUCGGCAACAAGCAUCAUUGAUUCUCUCAAACUUUCGGCACACUAAUGGGGCAUUGACUAAAGAAGAUGUUUCUUUUAUAUUGGAGUAUUGUGCAGAAGCACCUGAUCCUUUGUUUGUCAUGGAAACUUUGGAACUAAUGGAGGAGAAGGCCAUUGGCAUGAGUAAAAAUAUCUACAGAUCUGUCAUUCGAGCCCUCAGCAGAGGAGGGUAUUCGAAGGAGGCACUUCAUUGGCUGACUCUCCUAGGGGAAAAAGAAAACACUUAUGGCUCUUUGCCGUUUUUUAAUAUAUUUUUAAAUGCAUGUGGAAGUACUGCUAAUAUGAAGGAUGCCGAAUGCUGUCUAGAGAAAAUGGAAAAUCAUCUUCUUGGGUACUCUGAAAUAACAUACUGUGAGCUUCUGAAGCUUGCAGUGUCACACGGAAAUCUGCCUGCAGUUCAUGAUAUUUGGAAGGACUGCACUAGGUAUUAUAGGCCAAGCAUUAUUACACAAAGGAAAUUUGUGAGGUCUUUAACUAUGUUAGGUGACCUUCAAUCCGCAUAUCACAUCUUGCAGCAUAUGGUAGCCCUUGCUGCACAAAGCUCUGACCAUCUGAGGGUGUCUUCUAAAAGAAGAUACCAAUCAUCAAGAUUAGACAUUCCUGUACCUGCUUUGAGUGGAUUAGAAGAUCUCAAACUAUUUUGGGACUGUAACCCGCCAUCAUCUCAAGGGGCGCUGGCACAAUCAAUUGAUUCUCAGCCUGAGCAGUUUGAGGAGAAAACUCAGUCAUUGGAAAAUGUGCAAUUGAAGGCCUAUGUUCUCUCUGCAGGCAAUAAUCUUGCUGAUAAGGUUGAACUAGAGAGUGGGAGUAUUGCAGAGACAUUGAGGUUUGCACCAGUUGCAGUAAUGAAAAUUUUGAGGUGGUCUUUCAAUGAUAUUAUGCAUGCGUGUGUACAGCUUAACAACUGUCAGUUUGCUGAGCAGUUAUUUCUAGAGAUGCAAAAACUUGGAUUGCAACCGUCAAAAUUUACGUAUGAUGGUUUUGUCAAGACUGUGAUAGCUGGGAAAGGAAUUGCAUAUGCCGUCAAAGUGAUUGAAGCGAUGGAGAGAAGGGGCAUUGAACCUUACAAUGAUACACUUGCUGCUCUCUCAGUGGGCCAUAGCAAAAAUUUGCAGUUGGAUCUGGCCGAGAACUUUUUGGAAAGAAUUUCUGAGAUACAACCAAAGCAUAUACGUGCUUUUAACGCUUUGUUUUCUGGAUGUGAGAUUAUGAAUGAACCAGAAAGAGCUGUGCGCAUACUAGCUAAAAUGAAACGUGCGAACAUGAAGCCAAAUCUCAGGACUUAUGAGCUUUUGUUUUCUCUGUUUGGCAACGUCAAUGUUCCUUAUGAAGAAGGAAAUGUGCUCUCGCAUGUUGAUGUUUCCAAAAGGAUUAACAUUAUUGAGGCGGACAUGUUAAAUAAUGAAAUCCAACACAGCUUUGUGUCUAUGAAGAACUUGAUACGAGCUUUUGGAGCUGAGGGAAUGAUAGAGGAGAUGUUGAGGUACUUGAAUGUAGCUGAAAAUGUCUUAUGGAACAUGGAUCCUUAUCAGAAGAGUGUUCUCUACAGCAUUGUGUUGGAUGCUCUGGUUGAAGCCAAGGAAACUCACAAAGCAAUAACAACCUUCAAGAUCAUGAGAUCAUGCAGCCUUCCAGCCAAUAUUUCGAUUUAUAAUACCAUGAUAGAGUGCUGCAAAUUGUUGCAAUGUUGGAAAUCAGCUAGUGCUUUGCUGUCUUUGAUGCUCCGAGAUGGCUUCUGUCUGAAGGUUGUGACUUUUACAUCCCUCCUGAAGGUUGUAUUAGCAAAAGAGGAUUUUGAGGGGGCCCUGGAUCUGCUAGAUAUAUGCAAGAUCGAUGGAAUUCAGCUUGACGUACAGAUUUUUAAUACAGUACUCUCACAUGCAUAUGCUAGAGGUCAAAUUCAUGUUGCUGAAUAUAUUGUGGAGUGUAUACAUCGAGCGAAAAUUCAACCUGAUCCAUCAACACUUUGGUACACAUUUUGUGUGUACACGGAGCAUGAAUUGUACAAUACUGCAAUUGAGGCAUUGCAAGUCCUCAGCUUGAGAAUGAUACCUAAGGAUGUCAGCGUUCUUAGUGAGAAAGGGAUUAUUUUGGAAGAUCUAAUCCUCAGUGAAGAGCCGGAUGCUGAAUUGAGAAUCAUAAGGAUGUUUGAAGAAGGUGAAGAGUAUCUUGCGACAGCUUUACUGAACCUGAGAUGGUGUGCAACAAUAGGUGCCACCAUAUCUUGGUCACCUGAGGAGAGUCUAUGGGCAAGAAGGCUGGCAUCCUCGUACGAUGCUAACAAGAGACCGCAUAUAUGGUGAAGUUUGUGUCUGCAGCAUGCAUCGGUUUAUUAGUUCCUUUCAGAAGGGACUGGUCUGUUAGCCUGUUGUAGAGUUCUAAGAUGCUUCUAGGCCACCGGCUUGUGAUGCGAUUCUUUACAUUACUUGAUAGGAUGCUUCGCUUCCCUUGUUAUUCGCCUAACUGUAACCGGUGCUGAUUAUAUUGACUGUCAGGAGCAUCAGCUUCACAAAGUUGGUAGGAACAUUUUUUAUGGUGACGAAGAUCGAGGCACGUAGCAGUGACAGAUGAGUAAGAGAUGUUACAACUUACAAUAGCUGGAAGCUGUCUUGUAACUCAAACACCCGUGCAGGUUGUUUUGGUGGACGAUUUGAAUUGAGUUCUGAAUGACAAUUGUCUGACAAAGGUAGAUUGGAGGUAGGCUGGAGAACCAUCAGGUCUUUGUGCAGUCAGCAAUGUUGUACACCAUGUACAAGUUCUUCAUUAGCAGUCUUUUGACAGCCGUUCUGUUCACUUCUCUAGGCUGCUCGAAUAACAAACCAACAAUAACAUGGCAUCAUUAUGUGUCUAUGAUAGUAUGAUCCCCCAAUUUAUCCUGUGGUUUUGCACCUAAAUGUUAUUUGAUCGACUGUACUGCUUUUGCAACUGUUACUACUGUUAGAAAUAUAGUUUUUAUCCAUUAUGUAUAGGUUGGUUUAUUGAGUUUUUGUCCUGUAUUUUUUAUAUAGUCUAUAUUGCUUUAAGGGAUUAUCAUUAAAUAUAAGUUGUUAUUCUUAAUAUGUUAUUAGAGCUAGGUUUUUAAUAGU